AGCCAGCUUUAACCCAGGGGCUGCCCCCUCCCUCCCUCGGUGCUCCUCGGAGCAGAGCUGGUUGUCGGCAGAUGGGGGCGCCUCUCCGCCGUCAGUCAGACACCCCCACAGACCUUGUGUCCGUCGUCCCUCCCCGGCGGGGCUCGGUGACGGGCGGCCAGCAACCGUGAACAGGACUAGGCUCGGUCCGGCCCGAUUCGGUGAGCGUGCGUGUGAUGAAGAAAUCUGGGUGUUUUCAGAAGAAGUGAGGCAGCAGGAGGAGCCGUGCGCGUCCGAGCUGCCUGACCAGAUGACCAACUUCUGAAAAGUCCAUCUGAGCUGGCUGGCUUUUUUUUUUUUUUUUUUUUUUCUUCGCGUUUUUCCAGCUCCGAACUUCGGAAGAACAUCAUGACUGUGUCCCACUCCUCCAACCUCCUGCUCUUACUCAUGAUUUCCUCCCUGGAUUGGUCGUCUACACCAGGAUCUGCGUUCCUCAUUGACCAGGAUCUCGUGACAUCAUCAGCUCCCGCUGAGCCGCAUUUCAUAGGGUGCGUAUCAAGAGACCAGGCGACGUUUCGCUGUUGGUGGAGUCCAGGCGCCUUCCACAACCUGUCCUCUCCUGGAGCACUCAGAAUGUUUUACCUGAAGAAAGAAUCUCCCAGUAGUGAAUGGAAGGAAUGUCCUGAGUACAACCAUCCGAACAGGGAGUGCUUCUUUGACACAAACCACACGGCCGUUUGGACACCCUACUGUGUGCAGCUUCGCGGCCAAAACAACAUCACCUAUUUCAACGAAGAAGACUGUUUCACUGUGGAAAAUAUUGUUCAUCCUGACCCACCCAUGGCUCUAAACUGGACCCUGCUGAACGUAAGUCCCUCCGGACUAAGUUACGAUGUCAUAGUCAGCUGGGAUCCCCCGCCCACUGCAGACGUUAGCAUGGGCUGGAUGCGCAUCGAGUAUGAAAUCCAGUACAGAGAAAGAAACGCCACAACUUGGGAAGCAUUGGAGAAGCAGUCGCACACCCAGCAGACAAUCUAUGGUCUGCACACUGGAAAAGAAUAUGAAGUGCACAUUCACACCAAGAUGAAGGGCUUUGUUAAAUUUGGCGAGUUCAGUGACUCUAUCUUCAUUAAAAUGGCAGAGAUUCCCCACAAAGAUUCUGCUGUCCCACUCACUCUGGUUCUUACUUUUGGGAUCGUGGGUAUCCUCAUACUCAUCAUAAUGAUCAUUGUCUCUCAGCAGCAAAGGUAA